AUGCUGGUCCGACGCCCCGCUCGCCAGGGUCUCCCAGAUUCGCCGUCGCCCUCGUCAGCCCAUUCGCACUCUCUGCCAGCACCACUAUGCGUCAUCCUCAUCUGCCUGCGAUGUGAGCCAGAUCCCCACGCAGACAAGACAUGGUGCACAGUCUGGCAUGCGAGGCUUGCAGGCGGAGGCCCGAAUCCAGAACCUUUCCGUCAGUCACGGUAG